AUGAUGAGAAAGGAAAAUGGCAGCUCUGAAGAAGGAUUCAUUUUAUCCGGCUUCUCUGACAGGCCUCUCCUGGAAAUGGCCAUUUCUGUGUUUGUCUUCUUUUUCUAUUUGUUCGCCUUAUCGGGCAACUCUAUCAUCAUCCUGUUGUCAGGCCUGGAUUCUCACCUCCACACUCCGAUGUACUUCUUCCUUGCCAACCUCUCCUUAAUGGACCUCUUCUAUACCACCAGCAACAUUCCUCAGAUGCUACUGAAUGUGUGGGGUCCAGAAAAGACUAUUAGCUUCCUAGGGUGCAUGCUUCAGUUCUACUUUGCCGUAAGCCUGGGGGCCUCAGAAUCCAUCCUGCUGGCCAUUAUGGCAUUUGACCGCUUCAUCGCUGUCUGCAGACCUCUAUACUACCCCAGCAUCAUGCAUUUCAUCCUCUACCUGAGGCUGGUAACUUUGAGUUGGGUGGGUGGCUUUGGGGGGGGCUUGCUUCUAUUUUUAUUGAUUGUGAGGUUGCCGCGCUGUGGCCACCGGUGGUUGGACAACUUCUUCUGUGAGAUGCCAGGGCUGAUCGGGAUAGCCUGCGGGGAUAUCACCAGUACCAAGUUUGCCAUCUAUGUCCUCUUGGUGAUCUUCAUUAUUUUACCUCUGACAUUGAUCCUGGUCUCUUAUGGCUUCAUCACCUGGGCUGUGCUGAGGAUCAAAUCGACUGCACGGUGGGGCAAAGCCUUCAACACCUGUGUAUCCCACAUGACUGUGGUGACCCUCUAUUAUGGACCAAUUUUGUUCCGUUAUAGUCAGCCGGGGAACAGUGAUUCUGGAGACCAAGGCAAGUUCCUGAUGCUCUUCUACACAGUGGUCACUCCCACACUCAACCCACUGAUCUACACCCUGAGGAACAAGGACGUGAAAGGGGCGCUCAGAAGGCUGGUCCAGAAGAAACACUGCUCUAAGCAAACAUGA